AUGCAGGGAACUCGUUGCGGAAUUAUCAAACAGCAAACCUCGACUAUGUCACAGGAACUGGACCUUGAGGUCAUCCAGCGCACACUCGAGUCCUGGGUUCAUCAAUUCUUUGGUCGAGGUAUUCAAUCACAAUCUCAUGAAGGCCUGGCCGUAAACGACCUAGCGGCAACGAUCAGCGGUGGCCGCGCAAUCGAACAUUACCACCUCGGUAGGUUCAGCAUGCUGGAUGCCGAAAGUGCGCUGUUGCAAGAAAGUAAGGAGCCUUCACCAUCAAAAGACAACCGAAGUCCCAUCGCUCUACCAUUGUUGGCGGAACUCAGUCGUUUGCUUCCUGGUGCGGCAAUCUUCGCUACCAACGAAGGGCACUUCGGUUUAGGGUCUGGUGCAGCACGUGUAGGCGACGAGAUCUUCGUGGUAUUGGGCUGCAACUUUCCAUUGGUAAUGAGACAUGUCGAGGACUCAAAGUACAGUAUUGUGGGACCUUGUUAUGUUCCUAACUUAUCUCAUGGUGAAGCUGUCCUUGGGCCUUUGCCGAAUGGAUGGAAAAUGGUGUUCGAUGGGCGAGGUCUUGCGACUUUCACUGCACCCGAUGGCAGCCGUACCUUAGAGGAUCCUCGUCUAGAAAAAGAACUACCUGUUGGUUGGGAGCAGAGAGAAGAAAGCGACCCUAACGAGUUACUUUGGAAAAGAACCGAGGACGAAACAUGGUGGCCGUUAGACCCUCGCCAGACACCGGAGAAGCUUGAAGCUCGAAGGGUCAAGUUAGAGAUGAUAACAGUUAUAUGA